UAUGCUUAGCCGAAUGAUACAUGGGAAAAACAUUGUUGAUUUAGGAAGGAACAAACGAAAGCUGACUGAAUUUACACGGCGUACUAUGUCAAAUCCAACUGCAUUCUUUGGGACGAUUCCACCUCCUCAACGAUUGCUUCGGCCUUUGCACGUCAAUGAGAAGAAACUGUUCGGACCAGGCCCAAGCAAUAUGCCGCCAAUAGUAGUGGAAGGCCUAACUCAACCACUUCUUGGUCAUCUCCAUCCAGAAUUUUUGGAAAUAAUGGAUGAUGUUAAAUCCGGCAUUCAAUAUGUCUUUCAGACUAAUAAUCCCCUCACUUUUGCUGUCUCUGGCAGUGGCCACGCUGGCAUGGAGUGUGCUAUCAUGAAUUUACUGGAUGAAGGAGAAACUAUUUUGGUUGUGCAGAAUGGUGUUUGGGGCCAAAGAGCUGCGGAUUUAUCAGACAGACUAGGUCUUAAUGUGCGAAAAUUGGCUGUUGACAAUUAUCGGCCGCAAGUUGCCUUCCUUUGCCAUGGAGAAAGUUCGACUGGCGUUGCUCACCCGUUGGAACGUUUUGGCGAUAUUUGCAAUGCUUACGAUUGCCUAUUUCUUGUUGAUGUGGUUGCUUCACUUGGAGGUGCUCCUUUCCAUGCUGAUGAUUUAAAAGUGGAUUGUGUUUAUUCGGCUACACAAAAAAAACGAGUGCCAUCAUUUUAUUUGGAUGCUUUAGAAUUAGGGAAUUACUGGGGCUGUUUCGAUGAACCACGAAGAUAUCACCACACAGCACCAAUAUCACUAGUUUAUGCGCUGCGUGAAGGUCUUUCGAUUGUAGCUCAGGAAGGAAUAAAAAACUUGGUUGAGAGACAUCAGAAGAAUGCUAAGCUAUUCUAUGCCGCUUUGAAGGAGCUGGGUCUGGAACCCUAUGUCCAGAAUGAGGCCUGUUCAGAGCAAGAACUUGUAUUUAAGUUUUCUAUUUAG